CUGAGCACUUAUCCUGACUACUGUCUAGCCGAUAUCCGGGAUUACAGAGACAUGGUUUUAUCACCUGCCACUGUCCCCUAGCACCACAUAUGAGAAUAGGAUUAGCCCCAGACUCUGUGGAACUGUUCUCUACACACUCUCCCUCCACUGAAGGUGAGCCUUCCAGAGACUGGGAUUCAAUUGCCUCAGGUCUGGAGAUGAGUUCUGAUGUCUCCUCUGGACACACAUAGUAGAGAACUAGAAUUCUUGUGAGAGUAACACAAGUGGUCAAGUCAACAACUCCCAAGUAAAAACCACCUGUGGUACCCAAUUCA